GCGGGAAAAAAGAGGGCGGGAGAACAGAAUCCAGCGGCGGCGAGGCGCGGGUCCAGGGAGCGGAGCCGCGGGGAUGAGCUCGUCGACGACGUCCGGCCAGCGCGACGACGCGCCGGACCUCAUCUGCGUGCUGGACUACGUCCACGGCAUGGUCGACGCCCUCUCCUGCGUCCGCUGGAACAAGCAUCAGGGCGCGGUGGUGGAGCUGUCGGAGCACGGCAUCGUGGUCACCGUGGAGGAGAGCGGCUGCCUCCAGGCCAAGGUCUACCUCAAGAGCCAGCUGUUUGCGGAGUACGACUACGGCGCGGAGGGACGCCCACGGUUCGGCCUCAGCCUGGGGCUCCUCGUCGACUGCCUCAACAUGUUUACCGUCCCCGGGUUCGCCUCCCCCGUCGAGAUCCGGUACCCUGGCCCCGACAUGCAGCUUCUCCUCAGGUCAGUGGGGUCUCCAGAUGCAUGUAUACAUGCAGAAAUCAGAACCAGAAUUCCUGAUACUCUCGCCUGGGAUUACGAUUUUGAGCAUGCAGGGAAUACUCCAGUCACCUUUACUGUUAAGUCUGCCAUCCUGAAAGAAACAAUUGAUGACCUUGAGUGGCCAGGUUCCAGCAUUCAGAUUCAAUUUCUUCCAGACCCUCCUUCAGUAAUAUUUAAAGGCGAAGGGCAUGGUGACUUGGAGAUUGAAUUCUCCUACUAUGCAAAUACUGGUCUUCUAAUUGCAUUCCAGUGUGACCAAGAACUGUUUUACAGGUAUAAGUACAAGUUUCUUCGCGCCACUACCUCGAAUGUUCCAACUAGUGUCUUGAAGGAGAAUCGUGGGAGUAAAGUGACGAUUGGGAGGGGAGGGAUGCUCAAAAUCCAGCACCUGGUUUCAGUUGCGAGGCUAGGUACGCAAUCCUACCAUAAUUUUGCUGGAGGGCCUCAACAGCCAAGCCGGAUUGCUUUUAUCGAAUUCUUUGUGAAGCCGGAGGAGGAUGAUUAAAGCACAAAUGAUCCCUAGCAUGUAGUAUUGUAUAUAGGUUAUUUUGUUGGGCCUGUGUCAUCUAUGAGGUCUGGCUUUAUCUUCAGUAGUUAUUAUGAAACUGAAGGUCAUGGUAUUCUUUUUCCGUCUAACGACUUCUAUAGUAAACUACUAGUCUCAGCUCCGUGGAUCUUUCCUGUACGUUGAUUAGUUAAAAUAUAUGAAAAUGGAGAAAGGCCGUGGCAUUGUUUUUCUUCCUUCCAAA